AUGCGCCGGCCGGCUGGCAUAAAUCCCCGCGGUGCAAUGAAUGCCGACUCCACCAGAAUGCCCAACAACCGUUCCACGUCCAACGGGGUGUCUGGUGCUCGGAGACGAAGCCAGAGGGCCUGUGAUAUGUGUUACCGGAAAAAGACCAAAUGUGAGGUCGAAGGGCCUCAAAUGGUCUGUCUCCAAUGCAUUCGACGUAAGACCAAGUGUGUAUUUCCUUCGCAACAACAGCCGCAGCCACAGCCGCAAGAGAAUGAUAAUGAAACGCAAAGUAGUGAUCAGUAUGUUGAGUCCUUAAAAGAUCGUUUGGAGAGGGUUGAAGCCUUACUGGUGGCGGCUGGUGUCUUGCACGAGAGCGAUAUUGGUCAAGAUGCCCGUUCAGAGGACGAGGACGAUGAUCAGUAUGAAGAUGAAGAUGAAUAUUGGGAGAAUAAUGACCGUCCAACUUCGUCUGGCCGUGUAUCAGAUCUCUCUGAAGUCUCAGAGACCCAUGAAAGUGAAGACUCUAGAUACUUCGGCCGCUGCAGUUCACUCUCUAUUUUAUCACGGAGUGGAAUUGAGUGGAUCAAGAACAAAACUGGGGAUACCAGUUUCAUGAGCAUUGUAUCUACUCGCUCAACCCAUGAUGAUCCGUGGAACGAAUGGCGUCCAGAUGUUUUUCAUGAUCUAUUUGCCUCUCGAGUCUAUAAACCACUUCCGCCAAGAUCCGAGGUGUUUUCUCUUAUCAAGGACUUCUUUCGAACCGCAAAUCGUUUAUUCCCAAUCUACCAUGAAGCUUCGUUCAUGAAGAUGGUCGAAUGGCAGUAUACACAACAGACAUGUGAUGAUGCUGCUCGAUGGGCCAGUAUCAACAUCGUAAUAUGUUUGGCUUAUGAGUACCGAUUCUCCAAUAGCCUGAAACCGGAGAAAGACCGAGAAAAGGCCCGCUUAUACUUUAAGAAUGCCAUGUCUGUUUUCACAGAGCUGGCACUGCGGCGCACGGAUCUAUUAAGUGUGCAGGCUUUGAUCAGUAUGGGCUUCUUUCUUCGGGGUAAUUCUGGCACCCAAUAUGCACUACCAUUCAUGACGGCGGCAAUGCGGUCAUGCCAGAGAAUGGGACUUCAUCGGAAUAUUCCAAGACCAGAUUUGAGCCCUGCCCAGCAAGAGCAAAGGCGACGUGUGUUCUGGGUGGCUUUUACGGUCGACCAAAGCACAUGCCUGAGGGCUGGAAAUGCACCAUCUCAACACCCUGAUGAUUUUGAUGUUCCUCUCCCACAAUUGACAGAAGAUGAUAAUGACCCCGAAGUGGCCCCGAAUAUUCACUUUUUCUGCCAGCUUUGUCGCAUGUGUCUUAUCAAAAGUCGGAUUUAUUGCCGGCUGUACUCUGCCAAGUCCCUGCUCAAGGAGCCCGAGGAGAUCUAUGAAACCGUCAAAGAGCUCAGUGCUGAACUCGAGCUGUGGAAAAAAGACUAUCCUUUCGCUGAAGUACCAAGGUUGAAGGGCGCCGAAAGUGACUUUUUGUUUGGCUUUGCCUCCGUUGGCCUCCACUUCGUCUACUAUAAUGCCUUGAUCAUGAUUCAUCGGAUUCCCCUUCUUCUGAACUUCUUAAUAACGCGUCGUGAGGGGGAUUCGGAAGAGCUGGUGUCCCUCAGCAAAGCAUCAGCCUCAAAAUCAGCCGUCAUUUGCGUGACAGCCGCACGAGAUACUUUGAGACUGGUGAAUAACAUGCCUUGGGGUGACAUCGCCUGGCUCUGGUCUUUAUUAUACUAUGUCUUCCUCUCAACAGCUACUAUAUUCUCCAAUAUUCUUCGAGAUACUCGCAGUCCAGAGGUGAAGGAAGAUCUUAAGUCUCUCAAUAUGGCAGCGACGUUCUUUGCAACCCUUGUAUCUGGUGAUGGCCCAGCAAGCUAUGCAGGCUUCAUGACUCAAAUGAGUGCCACGUUGGAACGCAUCGCAAGACUGGCUGUCGAUAGAGACGAGAAACGGACUCGGAGCCUCGAUGACGAAGACAACGAAGAUCAACCCUCAGGAAUAAGGAGACAACGCUCCCGAGCAUCACACCCGAGACUGCGCCACCGAGCUCCAACCAAUCGACCCUCCACCAACCUCAACCCAGCUGCUUAUCAAUUCCAAGCAACUGCUCCUUCCAUUUCAAACUCAUCAGACGCGAACCAAUCAAACAAGUUAGAUCUCAGUAUUCCCGAAACCAUCGAAGGUUUCCCGCCGGUUAAUUCGUCCGGAUACGUCGUCCCUAUGAGUCCAGACGACACCAAUGAUUUCCGUACGACAACCAAUCCCCACCACCAAACAACCUUUCCCGCUGGACUCGGUAUACAAGAUCUCAACAGACCAGGCACAGAACCGGCAUUUGCAAACAACUAUCCAUCCUGGCAACUAGGACAAGAUCACACCGCAUCAACAGCAACAUCCCCGCACGAAAACAUCCAGAGUCCCUACUCCCAAGCCAGUAGCAACGGCACAGGAACCAUGAUCCCUGAAUCAUGGCAAGUUCCCUUAACAGCAGACUGGGAAUUCGGUGAAAAUCUAUGGGCAGGCCUCUUUCGCUCCGAGAGCAUAGGAAGUUCCAUGCAGCAGCCCUCCAUGCCAAUCUACAACGCGGACUCUUUCCUAAAUGGACCGUUGGAUCCGGAGGCAGUGAACAAUAACUUCGAGAACGAUCCUACUGGCUUUAUGGGCUAUGGGACUCAGACUAUGGGGUAUAACUUUAUGCCGACAGAAUUGCAGGAUCAAAGUCAGAGCCAAGGGCCUGGUCACUAUCCAAAUCAAAACCAAGGGGAUCAGGAUCCCGCUCAGUUUGGUUUUUCGAAUGGGUUUAUGGGUAUGUUCUAG